AUGUCUCAAGACACCUGUGUGCUUAAUGCUGACGGCUCCCUCAAGGACGCUUCUGAUAUCACUUUCUUUAACGAUCCUGACGACAAUGUACCGCUUCCCCAAGUCUCACCUUCCACCCAGCCAUCGACAUCAACUGCAUCUACAAGAAAUGCCUACUCCGUUCUACUCAAAGCUGGACAUACCCCAGCAACAGUCGCAGCUGGUUCUUGGCGGUCUGGCCGUCCCUCAAAGCCCUCAGCUCGUAUUCGUGAUGCUGACAAUGCCUGCAGGCUGUCUUCAUCUUCAGGCACGAGGAAAUGUGCAUUGUCAAGCGCUACCGACCAUCUGGCACCCAAGAAAGUCGCUAUGCAACUUUUACCUCCUCUCGACUCUGAAGAUGAAGAUGAAGAUGAGGACAUCCAUCCAGGAGAAUCAUCCGCCGAUGAGCUGGUCCCUCAACCUGAUGUCGAAGAGUUAGACGACACCGAUGACGCCAAGUCCGAGAAUGGAGUCGCCACUCAGACACUUUCAAAAAAUGAACGUACAGCAGAUGUUAGGACUAUAUUCACUCGCAUUCCUGAUGGCUGGGUGUGUACCCUGUGCAAGGAUGCUGGUGAACCAGCGCACAAGCACACCUUUCGCGGAGGCACUUCAACACUGCGCACACACAUUGUUCGCCACAAGAGGACCCAUUUUCAAGUGUACAAGCAGCGCUGUGAUGCCGCAAGCAUUACUAUGCACUCUCGUGCUAUUCCACCAGGAGAAGAUCAUCUCACCGUGACGCAAUCAACUCUGGACGCCAACCUUGUUUCGAAACCCCCCAUGUUUACCAAGGAAGGACUACUCGAAUACAUUAUGGAACUUGUUGUGACAGAAGACGAGGUACAUCAAGUUUUAUAA